AAAUAAAUAUAUAUUAUGGAUAUGGAGACGGAUGCAUCUGACGUGCCCUCCUCGAUUGAUGAGAACAGUAUCAGCGAUGAGCUUGAAAUGAUUUCCACACAGGAGGCCAUCAAUGUCGUCUCUGUGUACAAUAAAAGUAAACUCGUUGAAUCCAUUGCAAAAUGCCAGAAACCGUUGUGUGAAGAUGCGGAUUUCGAGUGCGUGAUGAAUAUGGUCAAUGGUACGAUUUGUGAGGCUGUCUCCAUUAUUGAAUCCGAUCCACGAGGACUCUUUUGCUACAAAUACGUGAAGAAUUUGAAUAUCUUUGACGUGGAGCCCACAAUUAACUUGACGGAGCCGGCGGACAGUUCACCUUCGAGUGAUUUUCUACUAUGUUGGCAGACAAUCGAUCAGUUUGAAUAUGGCAAUGUGGUUGCCAUGAUUCGUCACUAUAUCGGAUUAUGGCAGGUGUCGCCACAAACUAAAUGUGUCGUCCUCUCGAAUAGGCGGGGCCGUGAGGUUGCCUUAAAGGGUCAAAUCUACUUUGUCGAUGCGCACUUUUCACGACCAUCUCAAACGUGUACAAAUCCCUUGGCCGUUGCCAAGGUUCGGUUUAUAAUUACAGUUUCGCGUAUUCUGCCCAAACAUUAUCCGGUAAUGAUCACAUAUCGCUUUGAAGGAUAUCGUACAUUGUAUUAUGCGUUGGGUGAGCGGGCCGUCAAUUCGAAUUCAUUUCAAAGACUGUACAUCGAUACCAUCUUGCACAGUAAGUUGAGCUUCUAUGCGGAGAUUUGCGUGUGCCGGCAUGGCACCGUUGACAAGCCCAAGGAAUCAGAUGAAUCAAGGAAACGCCAGAAAUCGUGCAGUUCACUUUAGCCAUAACUUACUGUAGUGC